AUGGUUCAAUCCCCUGCUAGUAUCGGAAAUUUAACCAAGCUUGAAAUCUUGUCCCUCCAUGAAAAUCAAAUCUCUGGCUCAAUCCCUCCAUCUCUUGGAAGCUUAACCAACCUUACUUAUUUGCGCUUAUUCAACAAUCAACUAUCUGGUUCUUUGCCUCAGGAAUUUAAUAAUAUUACAAAUUUGAAAGUUCUCCAAUUGGGGUACAACAGUUUUUCUGGCCAUUUACCCCAUGACAUAUGCAAAGGAGGAGUUCUACAUAUUCUUUCUUUGAGCAACAACUAUUUUGAAGGUCCGAUUCCCCAAAGCUUGAAAAACUGCACAAGCCUAGUCGGAGUCGGACUCAAGCAGAACCAACUAUCUGGGGAUAUAUCUGAAAAUCUUGGAGUGUAUCCACAUCUCUCGUACUUUGAUUUAAGCUUCAACAAUCUGUCUGGUAAGCUCUCACCAAACUGGGGAGGAUGUCAUAAUUUGUCGCUCUUAAAAAUCUCCAGCAACAAGGUUACAGGAAGCAUACCAGCAGAACUCGGAAAGUUGACUCGACUACAAAAACUUGACCUUUCUUCGAACUAUCUAUCAGGAGAGAUUCCAAAGGAUCUGAGCAAGUUAACUAAUCUAUAUAACUUGACUUUGAGCAAUAACCAACUUGUUGGGGAGGUAUAUCCAGAAUUCGGAGAACUAUCUAAUUUAGAGAUUCUUGAUCUGUCAGCAAAUCAACUAAGAGGAAGGGUACCAGAAUAAUUAGGUAACUGCAUGAAACUUUAUUCGCUGAAGCUUGGAAACAAUCUUUUUAAUGGAAGCAUUCCCUUUCAAAUUGGAAAUCUAGUAAACCUACAAGUCUUCCUAGAUCUAAGCCACAACUCAUUUACUGGAGAGAUACCAUCACAAUUUGGCAAACUGGAUAAGCUAGAAGUUCUGAAUCUAUCACACAAUGAGCUGACCGGUCAUGUUCCA